AUGGCCUCAGCAAUGGGCAAACGCCUCGAAGGCAAAACCAUUGUAGUCACGGGUGCCUCGUCCGGCAUUGGCAAAAGCACAGCCGUCGAGUUCGCGCGGACAUCACCCAAGAACCUCAAGCUUGUCCUCACAGCCAGGCGGAUCGACACCCUCAAGCAGAUAGCAGAGGAGAUCAAGAAAGAAGUGGGCGAGGGCGUCAAAGUCCUCCCAGUACAACUUGAUGUCAGCAAACCCGAGCAAGUACGUAGCUUUGUUCGCAACCUCCCGCAGGAGUUCCAGGACAUCGAUGUCCUGGUCAACAAUGCUGGACUGGUAAAGGGCGUGGAUAAGGCGGGCGAUAUCAAGGAGGACGACAUGGAGACCAUGUUUGCUACGAACGUCACUGGACUCAUCAACAUGUCACAGGCUGUGCUGGCGGUGUUCAAGAAGAGGGGAGAGUCUGGUCAGGGCGAUAUCAUCAAUAUUGGCUCGAUUGCUGGACGAGAAGGGUACCCUGGUGGCAGUAUCUACUGUGCUACCAAGGCUGCCGUACGAACGUUUACAGACGCGAUGAGGAGAGAAUUGAUUGCAACACGGAUACGAGUCAUCGAGAUCGAUCCUGGUCAGGUCGAGACCGAAUUCAGUGUGGUUCGCUUCGGCGGUGAUAAGAGUAAGGCCGAUAAGGUGUAUGAGGGUGUCACGCCCCUGACACCAGAGGAUAUCGCUGAGACUGUGGUCUUUGCUGCUGGACGACCAGAGAAUGUGGUUGUGGCUGAUAUGCUCGUGUUCCCGAACCACCAGGCUGCCGCUACUGUGAUGCACCGCAAGCCAGUGGUCAUGAGUUCGAAGAUGUAG